ACACUUUACGCGCGUCAAUGACGCUGGCUCCUUGGUUAAGGCUGGCGAGGAUCGGCCUGCUGACUGCGUGUCUUUAUUCAUGGCUUGCGGUGGAGGGAUGCGGACCGGGUCCGGGUCACGGCACUCGCCAUAGUCAACGCAAGUUGAUUCAAUUGUCUUACAAGCAGUUCGUGCCAGGUGUCUCUGAGAACAACCUGGGGGCGAGCGGAAGAGCGGAGGGCAGGAUAACGCGCAGCUCGGAACGCUUCAAUGAGCUCGUGUGCAACUAUAACACUGACAUUGACUUCAAAGACGAGGAACAUACCAAAGCUGACCGGUUCAUGACCAAGCGCUGUAAGGACUGCCUCAAUAAACUGGCAAUAGCAGUAAUGAACCAGUGGCCUGGAGUUCGACUGCGAGUGACAGAAGCCUGGGAUGAAGAUGGCCAUCACCCUCCUGGUUCUUUGCAUUAUGAGGGCCGUGCGGUUGACAUCACCACCUCAGACAGGGACACAAAAAAAUAUGGACUACUUGCACAGUUGGCAGUUGAGGCUGGAUUUGACUGGGUGCACUAUGAAUCCAAGUACCAUGUGCACUGCUCUGUCAAAGCCGAUCAUUCUGUAGCUGUAGAAAAAGGUGGCUGCUUUUCAGGAUCUGGACUUGUGACAAUGGCUGAAGGCGCGCAAAAACCUAUGUCGUGUUUGCGGCCUGGUGAGAAGGUGCUUUCCUUGUCUGAGUCAGGUGAAAUUGUUCUCAGUCAGGUACUUCUCUUUUUACAUCUAGAUAAAGAGAGAACAACCACUUUCUUUAUUUUUACCACUGAAAAUGGGAAACAAAUUGCACUUACUCCCAAUCACCUCAUCUUUGCGGCUCCCAAUCUCAAACUGCACCACAAUGAGUAUGAAGCUAUGUUUGCCAAAAACAUUAGGAUUGGGGACUAUAUACUUACUACUGGGGACAACAGAGGACUUCAGCCAUCUAAAGUGGUCUCAGUUUCACUGGAGGAGAGAAUGGGGGUUUACGCUCCUUUGACAGAUCAUGGGAACUUGUUUGUGGAUGGCGUGCUGGUAUCCAACUAUGCUUCUUUUGAGGAUCACAGACUUGCACACUGGGCAUUUUGGCCUUUCCGUGUUCUUUUUUGCUUUUUCCAGACAGUAAUGGAAGAGAACUCACAAAGUGUGGUGGUUAAAAGUAGUGCCAUGGUUCCUAAUAUCUGUUCCACAGAUCAAACCUUCCUCACAAAUGUGAUGCACAAUAGUUCUUUCAGCAUAUACAAGAUUUUCCCAGAGGUCAAAGUGGAAAUGGAUAAUGAACACCGUUUUUUGCAACAAAAGGAGGUUUACUGGUAUGCAAGGCUUUUGCACACAUUAGGGCGGAUAUUUCUUGACCCUCAGAGGUUUUACUGAUGGUCAAGACCCAGAAUAUGCAAACAUAAUGUCAACUGCAAAAUAAAUUAUAGCUCUUUAAAAACUACUGACCAAAAAGGAAAAGCAAUAGGCACUACAUUAUAACUGGUAUAAUUAUUCACCACAUAUAAUGUCCAGUUGAAAUUUGCAACAAAAGGAGGUUUACUGGUAUGCAAGGCUUUUGCACACAUUAGGGCGGAUAUUUCUUGACCCUCAGAGGUUUUACUGAAGGUCAAGACAGAGAAUAUGCAAACAUAAUGUCAAAUGCAAAAUAAAUUAUAGCUCUUUAAAAAUAUAACUACUGACCAAAAAGGCACUACAGUAUAACUGGUAUAAUUAUUCACCACAUAUAAUGUCCAGUUGAAAUUAUUUCAUACUUUUAGAAUUUGUAAAUGGGUUGCAAUUAUGCAUAUACUUUAUGUGAAAUAUUCAAUGUAACUUAAAAAUAUUGAAUAAUCACCAUAUGGACAAUUAUGGGAUUCAAAAUGUAAACAUGUAUUUUUAUGUUUGUUUUACAAGAAAAUAUUUCAAAGAGUAAUAAAUAUUUAUUUUUAUACUUUUGGAUUCAUAAUAUAUAUAUUUCAUGUUAAACUGUAUGUUCGUGAAGCACUGAUUAUUUGUUAUGCCAAACAGAGACUGAUACAGUUGUUGUAAUCUUAUUUCACUUAAAGUUAUCAUAGAUUGUGUUGCAAAAUAAGCCUGAUCUGCUUAGAAUUGAUCCACACCAAACACAUAGAGUUUUAUUCUCUCUAGAUUUGAACAGAUCAUGUCAGUUCUCAAAUUAAUAAACAUUUCAAUUUGUGACCAAUUAGCAUUUUACAUUACAUCCUUUAGUUGGUCAUUUAGAAGCUCUAAACAGAAAUGAGUUGAUAAAACAGUUAACCAUGUCUACUGACUAAUUGUGGUCAAUUUCCAGAGUCCAAAAUCAACAGCUAUGUGCUAAACAGGGAUAAACAGGCUGGCUUUUACUAAGUGCAUCACACCCCCUUGUGGACACCAAAGAAUACACUACUGUCUAUUUUGAUGUGCUUAUGAUUUACAAUCUAUCUGUUCUGAAAAAACAGCUUCCUGGAUUUAAUAAUAAAUAAACAAGGUAAUAAAUGAUUAUUUGCAAUAUUAUGCUUUUCCUAAUUUUUUCCUGCUUAACAUAGCAGCAUUAAUGCAAUAUAAACAACAUUUUGAAUUAAAGUUUAAGUUCAUCAUUCUGAUCUACUACAGUCUAUGUAAAAUAUUUAACUUUGUAAAACUAAAAUAAUGCUUUUGAGACUGUGUUGCUUUUUGGAAGUGCAUGCUUUUUCCCUUCAAUCAUUUUUUUCACAGCUGUGAAGGUAUAGAAGAGGAUUAUCUCAGUCAUGGAGGAGGCAGAUAGACACACAGCAUCAGGCCAAUGGCAAAGACAGUAAUGUUGGCCCACCCAACAGUUACCCUUGGUGAACCAAUCAGCUUUUAAAGAUAUGCUUAGUCAGGCUCCCUCCAAACCUUUUCUGUUCAAACUAAUCCUUGUGAAAGCUGGGAAGAAGUCAUUAAUCUUAUCAAUGGGGUAUGAUCAGGAAGUACAGAGAAAAAAAUGUGAUAUAUUAUACCAAAGUUGUUCUAUAAAGAUCAAUAUAUCCGUACUCUAACAGAACAAUAUGAGACAGAUAGGGCCUGUGCUGUGCAGCUGAAUUUUGCAAUAUCUGAAUUUCAGUUUCUGACUGUAAAAUAAACAUGACCUAAUGCAGCAUGAUUCAGUAAAAUACUGGAGAGAACAUGACUUCAUUGUGCUAGAUGUUGGUAGUGCUCCAGCAUGUCUAUAAAUGGCAAUUUUUCCAUCAUAUCCAUCUCUGGUAUAUGAAUUAAAACAGUCUGAUUGAAUGUG